AUGGAACAGUGGCUGAAGAAACCGUCUGGACCAGAGAAUGGCGUUGCAGAUAUGUGGAAAUUAUUCGAGACGAUGAAGAAACAUCUUGCUGCGACAGUGCUGACCCCAGACAGUGAUGAGGUUGAUCAUGAUGAUCACUUCAAUACCAAAGAUGACACAACAAAAGGUAGACGAGUUUUUGUUGUUCGACACGCCGAGAGAGUAGAUUUUACUUUCGGAAAUUGGACUCCCAACAGUUUCGAUGUGGCAGGGAAUUACAUCCGAAGGGAUCUGAACAUGCCGAGGACUUUGCCGCAAAGAAAAAUUUGUCAGUGGAAGCGGGACACUCCGCUGACUAAUCUUGGUCAAUAUCAGGCUCGUCUAACGGGAGAGGCUAUGAAGGAUGCUGGCGUUCAGAUUGAUCUAGUGUAUAGUUCUCCAUCAUUCCGAUGCAUUCAGACUGCUUCUUCUAUUCUAGAAGGCUUAGGUAUUCAGGAAACCAUUCCAAUUCGAGUGGAACCUGGUCUGUUUGAAUGGUUGAUGUGGUAUAAAGAGGGACUGCCCGAGUGGCUCUCAAACGAGGAACUUGUCAGCUCAGGCUACAACAUUGCUAUGGACUACAAGCCACUUUCUACAGCUGAAGAUUUGAAUCGGAUAUUAGAAGAGAGCUUGUCUGAUCACUACAAAAGAAACUCGGAAUUGGCCGAUCAACUGUACAAAACAACCAGUGGUAACAUUCUGAUAGUCGGUCAUGCGUCAACUUUAGACACUUGUACUCGGCAUGCCGUGGGAAAUGAAAUCUUACCAACCAUCGAUUCUCUUCAGUUAUUACUUAAAAUUCCGUACUGUAGUGUAGUUGCAAUUGAGUCAACUAACGUACUUUCCGAAAGGUACAAAUGGAAGUUUAUAAAGCCUCCUUGUGCUCCAAUCUCAAAUACAAAAAAUGAUCGUUUCGACUGGAAGGUUCUACUUAAUAAAGGAAAUUACGAAAAAUUACAUAUCUAA